ACACUGAGGAGGUGGAUUGGCUUGUACUGCUUCAAACUGCAAGUGCAGGAUAAUAGUUUUUUAGACUUCCCAUACAACACUUAUUCCUGUAAGUAGGCGCUGCAUGGAAAGCCAGAGGCUGCAAUCUCUCUCUCUCUCUCUCUCUUUCUCCAUGCUCAUAUUGACGUGCAAGGAGUUUGCACAGUAAGAGUGAUUUCCCCUCGUGGGCUCUGAAGUGGUCCAAACCUUUCCCCCACUUUCUUCUGCUACAUGGCCCCCAGCCUAAUUUUUGUGGGGGGAUCUGAUGGGAAAGCCCCACUUGCGACGUCUUCGAGCCAUGCAGCCGUCCAACCAAUACCAGGUGUGCAUGAGCAGGAACAAAAAACACCACCCCACUGCUCUGGGCACAGUUGUGAAAUCCUGCCCCAAUCUUUGCCAACGUAACGGCUCCUUUGGACAGCCCUGCUGGCUUCCCUCUGCAGUACAAGCCUCUUACACUGAGAAUCACACCUGGAAGAUUUACAACAGGUUUGCCUGCAAAAUGAUUGUACUGCAAUAGGGCCCUGAAGCUCGCGCUGGAACAAAGGUGGGCAGGCUUUAAGGUGCCCCAGGGCGUCUGUUCUAUGUCAAGAGCCCGCGCGGAAAGGCCGCUUUCCCGGCGGAACUCCCAGGCUCGUCCGCACUGGCCACUCGGUUCUGUGCCCCGUGAUUUGUGACCAGGCGAGACGCGGGACUCGGAAAUGAAGAUGGAGGCAGCAGACGAAGCCGAGGAACUCCUUGGCCCAGGGGCCCGUCCAAGCUCUGGGAGGGGCAGGAGGCGGCUCCGGGAGAAAAGGCAGCAGGAGGACUAGAAAGAGAGCGGGGCUGUUCCGGAGGAUCGCGCAGGGCCUGCCUGCCUGCCUGCCGCGCUUGCUGAAGGAACUGAGGCGGGACUCCGCAGAAUCUCCGUGGGCAUCGGCCGAGAGCGACAAGCCAACAGCCGCCCGUGUUUGGGAGUGACGCUUCCACCCGCUGCAUGCUGCUGCUGCCCCCUUCUUCCAGCGGGCACUUGGCUGGUUCAGACCCUCUGUCUUCUGCGGAAGAGCAGGGGCCAGCCAAGCUGAAGCUGCUGUCGAGGGAGGGUCUUCUGCCGCGUCAGGGGCUACCGUGGGGAGGAGCCGCCCGCCCCCGCCAGCGGGAUUGCAAUGCAACAGGCGGCCUCCCCGUCCGAAGGCCCCGCGAGCCCCGGGGACGCCCUGCCUGCACUUCCCAGGCACAGGCGCCAGAGGGCGCGGCGGGGCAGGGGAGGGCGGGGCUUCCUCUUUCCGAAGCAGCUGACUGGAGCCGGGGGAGCGGCCCGGGUGGCCCCCGGCCCCGCAGACGGCUGCAGCGAUGGAGCCCGGACGGCAGCUCCUUGGCGCACCGCUGCUGCUGCUUCUCGCCGCCUUCAGUUCAGGCUUAUUCCUAAGGGAACCAAAAGAACCAAAACAGGCCUGGGGGUAUGUCCCCGUCAGAAGCAAUGCAAGCAUGUUCUGGUGGCUGUACUAUGCAGACAACCCCACCAAGAAUUUCACAGAGCUUCCUCUUAUCCUAUGGCUUCAAGGAGGCCCGGGGGCUUCAGGCUGCGGAUAUGGAAACUUUGAAGAGAUUGGCCCUUUAGAUGCUGAUCUGAAGCCACGGAGGACGACUUGGCUGCAGGCAGGGAGUGUGCUGUUCGUGGACAACCCUGUUGGCACUGGCUACAGCUAUGUUAAUGACAGCAGUGCAUAUGCCACAGAUCUCUGUAAAGUCACAUCAGAUAUGUUGGUGGUUCUUGAAAAAUUCUUCAACUCUAAGACAGAAUUCCAGACAAUCCCUUUUUACAUCUUUUCGGAAUCUUAUGGUGGGAAGAUGGCGGCUGCCAUUGCUUUGGAGCUUCACAAGGCAAUUGAGGCAAAGAUGAUCAAGUGCCACUUUCUCGGGGUAGCCCUUGGUGAUUCGUGGAUUUCUCCUCUAGAUUCUGUGCUGUCCUGGGGGCCUUACCUUUAUAGCACUUCUUACCUUGAUGAUAAAGGUUUGAAAGAAGUGACCGGUGCUGCCAAAAAGAUCCUGAAUGCUAUGAAUAGAAAGGAAUACAAAUUGGCUACGAUGCUCUGGAGUAGCGCUGAGGAUAUCAUAGAAGAGAGCACGAAUGGUGUGAAUUUUUAUAACAUUCUAACGCCAGAUUCUUCGUCUCUCACAUCCACCACAAGUGAAUUGGUCCCUUUUUUAAAACUCUUCCAGCGUCAUGUACAAUAUCAACAUAAAGACAAGUUGAGUGACUUGAUGAAUGGACCAGUCAGAAAGAAGCUGAAAAUAAUUCCAGACCACGUCAAAUGGGGAGGCCAAGCGCAAGAAGUUUUUGAACACAUGGCUGAAGACUUCAUGAAACAUGCAAUAGACGUUGUAGAUGACCUGCUGGAAGCCAAUGUCAACGUUACCGUUUAUAAUGGGCAGCUGGAUCUCAUUGUUUCUACCAUAGGGCAGGAAGCAUGGAUCCGCAAACUGAAAUGGCCCAAGCUGAAACAUUUCAGUGACCAGAAAUGGCAACCUUUAUAUGCAUGCCCCAAAUCCAAAGAGACAGCAGCUUUCUUCAAGUCCUAUGAUAACUUCGCCUUCUACUGGAUUCUAAAGGCUGGGCACAUGGUACCAGCUGACCAAGGUGAUAUGGCACUGAAAAUGGUCCGGAUGGUGACUCGCCAAGAUCACUAGCAGAAUCGGGGCCAGCUGGCUUGGCUUCCUUGAAAAUGGCGGCAGCACGUUCUGUUUCUUUAUUGCACACGGAACCGUGGCAGGAACAAUGGCUGGCCACUGCUGUUGUCUGCCUCUGCCACUGGAUGCUAUGCAAGAUUGUUUAAGGAGGGGCAGAUAUGGCCCUUGAGUGGACAAAACUGUGAUUCUCUCCUCCCGCGUUGCAGCAGCUUUCAGUGUAAUGAACCAUUCACUGAAGAGCAGCUUCCUGCUGUGUUAUUUCUUGUAUGAAAUGUUAAAUGAUUUGAUCAGCUUCAUGAUUAGAAGAAAUCCUUUCAAAAAUCCUUCUACAGCUAAUUCUAGUACACGUUUCCUAGGGCACUCGCUGAGUGCUGUGGGCUGAGGCCCAAGUAACACAUACAAUAGAAGACAACGUUUAAAAUACCAAAGGUCCUGGCUGGAUCCUCUUCCAGCUCCCUUCCUGUAGGAGUGCUGAGAGGGGACGGGGGGGGGGGGUUAACCUCGGAGAUGGGCACGUUGAAGGAGUCCCCCCUCCCCCCACCAGCGGCUUCUUUGCUUGAGGAUACUCGUUACAGCUAUGCUUAAAGGCACAGUUCGGGCACCAGCUUUAGGUUGGCCCUUCGGCCUUAUUUAUGUGUGACUCUAUGGCAGGUGAUUUUGGUUUAAACCUGGGGGAGGAAGGGGCUGCUUAACUCCUUUGCUUCCAGCUUGUUUUAGUCCGUUCCAGCUACUCCCCACUACACUUUUGUCUGUAGGUAAAAAGACUCCCGUAUCUUCUGCAAGGAUGGGAUGGGAGGGAGAAAUUGAGUGGGGAAACAGCUAGAAGUUCAAAGGCUCAGCUGCCCCUCCCCUGCUCAAUCGAAACAGCUGCAGGGGUGUUUGAUACCUUUUAAUUGCAUAUGAUUUGAGCCUUGGCUCCACCAUCUGGAAGGCGCAUUCUUGUCUUGGGCCCAGUGUGUCUCUAGUUCUCACUGAGAAAUGCUCAGGCUUAGUAUCAACCAGCUCUGAUGUUGCAAUUUCAGGCAGGGCAGUAUAAAUUACAGUGUUGGGAGAGAGCUGAGAAGGAAUGAGACCAAAGGAGAAGCUACCCGUUCCUCCUUUUCCACUGCAAGUUGACUUUAGUCGUACGUUAAUGAAUCAGAGUCCUGCCCAAAUUUUUGGAAGGAGGUAUUAACUCUUGUACUGAAGUCACAGCAGGGGCUUUCUGUCUAGGUUGUGUUUCUGUGCGUUUGUUAAUGUGUCAUGCUGAUGGUCAAAGGGCAACCUAGGCAAUAACCAGCAGUUUGUUGUGCAAACCCUUUUUGUGCAAGCCCAUGUAUAUCUUUUGGGGCCCAGAUUCCUUCUUGUGCUCUGUUAAACUGGGGAGCCAGCCAUGGGGGCUGUUGAUGUAUGCUCCAUUUUCCUUUUUCACUGUUUACAAACCACAAAUAAAAAGACACUCUUUCUAGAGUGGAAAAUUGAA